UCAUCCACCAUCACCACCACAACCACCAUCACCAUCAUCAUCAUCAUCACCAGCAUUGUUUUGGUGAGGCCUCCAGCACGUGGCAGCAGGAUGGGCAGCGCUUCGGUGCAGCUUUCUCUGCGGCAUUUAAAGGAUCCACACUUUGGCAGGAUCCCAGAGACUCAAAAUAAGGAAGUUGUGUCUCUGAGUGCCCCUCAUGUGGACUCCUUUAACUUCUUUCUGGGUAAAGGACUCCAGGAAGCUGUUGCAGAUAUUCCUCCAUUAGAAUUCUCCCUCAAGAAUGACAAAAGAGUAAAAAUUGUAGUGACUGGUGCCACAGUAGGCAAGCCUAGACUCCCACCAGGUGCAGGACAGGCCAAGGAUUACAACUUGUAUCCCAAAGAGUGUGUGGAGCGCAAGUCAUCCUAUAUAGCGCCAGUCAGUGUGGACAUAGAGUGGAACGUUGAUGAUGGCGAGCCAUUUACCCACAGGCAGUCACUUGGGGAAAUACCCAUCAUGGUCAUGUCAAAUAACUGUCACUUGAGUGGCCUGAGUCCCAAGCAGCUGGUGGAGCGCGGGGAGCUGGUCAACGAGACAGGUGGUUACUUCAUCAUCAAUGGUUCCUGCAGAGUCCUAAGGUUAUUGAUGUCAAAUCGACGCAACUUUCCUGUGGCCUUGACCAGAGACUCGUGGAGGCGGAGAGACUCUCGCUUCACUGAGAAAGGAGUGAUGAUGCGCUGUGUUAAGGAUGAUCAAGUUUCUUGUAUCAAUGUUCUGCACUACCUCAACACAGGAGAAGCUAAACUGGAAUUUGUUUUGCAUCGUGAAAUGUUCUUCAUCCCUCUUGUGAUGUGCCUCAAAGCUCUCAUGGAUUACACUGACAGACAGAUUUACCACUCCCUCAUUCAAGGCCGAGAAAAGGAUACCUAUUUCUCAGAGCAGAUUAAAGCUAUGCUGGGAAGAUUGCAGGAUGAAGACAUCUAUUCUCACCAGAUGUGUAAAGAAUAUAUUGGCAAGUCAUUUCGCCACCGAUUCACACAAAUCUUGCCAGAGUGGUACACUGAUGCUGAAGUGUGUUCCUACCUGAUAAAAUAUCAUGUGCUCAUCCACCUCAAGACACAUAAAGAAAAGUUUGAUAUACUCUGCCUGAUGGCAAGGAAACUCUAUGCCUUUGUAGGUGGGGAAUGCAAGAUUGAAUCAGUGGACUCAUUGAGCAUGCAGGAGGUGACACUGGGCGGCCACACAUAUCUGCAGUACCUAAGAGAAAAAAUGGUGGACUUGAUGAUUUCCAUCAAGUGGUUCUUACAGGUCAAGGACAAGAAAGAAACUGGCAAUUGGGUGGUUCAUGAACAUGACAUAAAGAGAGCUGCAAGCAAAGCCAAAGCUACAGGCAGUGCUUUCCAAAGUUUUAUUGCCUCAGGAGCCCUUCAGUCCAAGACUGGCUGUGGCCUCAUGCAACCUACAGGACUGACUGUCGUGUUUGAUCACCUGAACCGAAUGCGUGACCUGUCCCACCUCCGAGCCAUUCACAGGGGAGCAUUCUUUGUGGACAUGAAGACUGUAGAACCUCGAAGACUGACCGGGGAAGCAUGGGGCUUUAUUUGUCCCGUGCACACCCCGGAUGGAGCGCCAUGUGGACUCCUCAACCACCUGGCAAAGAACUGUGUUGUGUUGAACGAGGUGCCGGAGAACCCCCAAGCCCUGUGCCAGGCCCUCACCAGGCUGGGCAUGACUCCUGUACACAGCACCCCUCCUGUGCCACACGCCCAGUGCCUGGAGGUGGUGCUGGAUGGCAGCCUGCUAGGCUUCAUCAGGAAGAGUGAGGCACAGAAAUUUGCAAAUGAGCUGAGGGUCAUGAAGACACGUGGAGAGAUUUUCAAGUAUACAGAGAUUGUGCUCAUCCCAGAGAGGAAGUAUGGUGGCCAGUAUCCAGGUCUGUUCCUAGGAACAGGUCUAAGUCGAAUGAUGCGGCCGGUGAUCAACCUUGAGACCCGCACCAUAGAGUACAUAGGCACCUUGGAGCAGCUGUACCUCACUGUGGCUGUCUCUCCAGAGGAAAUAGAAGAAGGGGUCCAUACUCACCUUGAGGUUGACAAGACAGCAAUUUUCAGCAACAUUGGCAAGCUGGUGCCUUUCUCAGACUGUAACCCUAUUCCCCGUAACAUGUACCAGUGCCAGAUGGGUAAGCAGACAAUGGGUACACCCUUCCACAACUACUCUGCCCAGACUACCAAUAAGGCAUACAGGCUCCAGUACCCUCAGGUCCCUCUGGUAAGGAAUGCCCACUAUGACGACAUCAACAUGGAAGAGUUCUGCAUGGGCUUCAACGCAGUGGUGGCCAUCAUCUCCUACACGGGUUAUGACAUGGAGGAUGCAAUGGUGCUCAACAAGUGUUCCAUGGAGCGAGGCUUGGCACACGGUCAGAUCUACAAGACAGAGGUUGUUGACCUCACUCUCCAGGAGGGUAUCUCAGGAAGGAAACAGAAAUUGGCUGAGAGCAAUUUUGUCUUCCGAAGAAAUCCAGCAGACGCAAAACAGAAGAACUUCCUGGACAGCAAUGGUCUGCCCUAUCCUGGGACACAGCUCACAGAGGGGGACCCAUUCUACUGCGUGUAUGAUCUGAACCAGCACAAGUUCCGCACCACAAGCUACAAGGGCGAGGACUGUGUGGUGGACAAAUGUGCCAUCAUGUCAGCCAGCCUGGUCAUGGGAGAGUGCCAGCGCGUCAGCAUUUCUGUCAGAGUAAAGAGGAACCCCAUUAUUGGUGACAAGUUUGCCAGUCGCAGUGGGCAAAAGGGCAUCAUGAGUCGCCUCUACCCCACUGAGGACUUACCUUUCUCUGAGCGGGGCAUCAUGCCAGAUAUCAUUUUCAAUCCACAUGGCAUUCCCUCUCGUAUGACAGCAGGUAAGUUAAUUGAGCUGGUGGCAGGGAAAUCUGCAGCAGAGUUUGGCUUGUCAUUUGAUUCCACACCCUUCAGGUUCUCUGAUGAGAACCCAGCUGUUGAUUACUUUGGGAAGAUUCUUGAAAAAGCUGGCUUCAAUCACUACGGAGAGGACAUCCUAUAUAGUGGGACAGACGGCCGCAUGCUGGAGGUGGAGAUCUUUGAGGGCAUCAUCUACUACCAGCGUCUGAGGCACAUGACAGCAGACAAGUGGCAGGUGCGAGCCACAGGGGCCAUGGAUCUCACCCUGCGGCAGCCAGUGAAGGGGCGUAAGAGGGGAGGAGCCAUCAGGGUCGGGGAGAUGGAGAGGGACUGUCUCAUUUCUCAUGGUGCUGCCUAUAACCUUAAAGAUCGCCUCCUGGACUGCUCUGACUUAUCUCAGGAGUGGGUGUGCGAGGACUGUGGUGGCAUGAUGGAGCCGUCGCUGCUGCCUGACGGCGGAAGCAAGCUGUUCGUGGGGCGGCGGCCGGAGUGCCUGGUGUGCGGGCCCUCUGCCACCGUGCGUCAAGUCAGCCUGCCAUACGCGUUGCGCUACCUGGUGGCAGAACUCACUUGCGUGGGCAUCAAGACGCAGUUAGGCCUGCGCUCCGCCGGAGACAUCAUUGGGAGGAUACAGACCAAUGAAUCUCCAGCGGAAGAGCCUCCUCAAGACGCCAUCAUGGCAUCUUGAUUCCGCAGCAGGAGUUGCAGGAUGUUGCGUCUUCCCGGGGUGUCAUGCAUCCCCGGCUGAGUGGGUAGUGGUAGUGUAAGGCUCGGCAAGGACCGUGUAAGGCUGUGUUAAGGGCUAAUAGACAUAAGGAUUUAAAAUAAAAGAGAAGAUAG